AAUGUUGGUCACCGUCUGAACCGCGAGACAACGAGUGCGCACACAGAGCGCACAGGGGAACCGGAGAUCCGUGCUGCCGGUGUGUGUGUGUGUGUGUGUGUGUGUGUGUGUGUGAGUGAGAGAGAGAGGUGAGGUGAAGUGGUGUGGACUUGACCAGCGGUGACCGAGAAGGGGAAACCCCUCAGCUACCUGCAGCUCUCGGGCCGGUGCGCAAACCGACGCGUGUGCGAGAGCUGUCCUCCAGCUGUGGUGCUGAACUCGACCGCAGGACACGACCGGUGACCGGUGACGCGAAGCCGAGGCUCAUCCAAGACUCGGCAUAGCCCACUUAAGAGUCCAAAAAACAAACGAAUGCAAACUCACACUCUAGUCUGUGUGCGUAAAUGUGUUUGGAUCUGAAGCAAGCCAAAGACACGGGAGCCGCGGAGCAGAAGUGAUGGCCGGACUCCCCCCCGCCCUCGGCGUCACUCCGGCGGUCUGAGCAGAGCCGCGCGCCGCCGCUUCGCCGCGCGCCGGAACCCAGCGGAGCCUCCGUAGAUGCGGAGAGUGUCAGAGGCUUUUCGACCAGUGAGUGGCGGUUGACGGUUCGUUGCGGGUGGACUGGAGCGCGGCGGGCUCCCUGUCUGACCUCGCGCUUUUGGGGAGCACGCGGACCUGCUUGGCGCGCAGACUGAUUCUGGCAGCACCUUUGGCCGCACUGGACUUCAGCGAGGUGAAUGUUGACGACACCAUUGAAAUGUUACCGAAAUCGAGAAGAGCUCUCACCAUCCAAGAGAUUGCUGCAUUGGCGCGAUCCUCCCUGCAUGGUAUUUCCCAGGUAGUGAAAGACCAUGUGACGAAGCCGACAGCGAUGGCGCAGGGCAGAGUGGCCCACCUGAUAGAGUGGAAGGGCUGGUGCAAGCCCACGGACACACCGGCGGCUCUCGAAUCAGACUUCAACUCUUAUUCUGACCUCACCGAGGGAGAGCAGGAGGCUCGCUUCGCUGCCGGUGUGGCAGAGCAGUUUGCCAUCGCCGAGGCGAAGCUGAGGGCCUGGUCCUCUGUGGACGGCGACGAGUCCAACGACGACUCGUACGACGAGGACUUUCUGCCCGCCAACGAGCCCACCACACAGAGCACAGAUGUGCCAUCCUAUCCUCCCUACUUGAAAGACCUGAUCCACAGUCAACUUUGCCAACACCUUGGCCUGCGAGGUCCCUGUUGCGAGGGCGGAGGUGGAGGUGGCGAGGGCGGUGGCAGUGGAGAGCCCUCCCCCGCGGCAGGCUCCCCGGACACCCUGUGCUCCAGCCUCUGCAGCCUGGACGAGCACCACCCGCUGCUGCGUGACCUGGGCGGCCACCGCGGCACCCACUCCCACAGCAACGCCGCCGAGCUCGCCGCCAAGAUCCUGUCGGCGCUGCAGGGAGGGGAGGAGCUGUUGGCCCGGCUUCAGAGGAUGGCGCAGAGCGGGCCUGGUGGGGGGGACUGCGUCUUCCACGGCCUGGGUGGGGGAGGGCGGGGCAUCCGGCCCUGCGGCGGUCAGGACUCCCCUUGCUACUCCAUGUCUUACUCUGAGACGUACCUGUCACCAGGCGAGGAUGACGACACCCCCUGCAAGGACUACGAGAGCACAGAGUGCCAGGGGGAGGCGGAGGGAAAUGGGGCGGAGUACGACCUCCGCAGAAGGGUCUCCGACGUGGCCUCCUCCGGUGUGGUGUCGCUGGAUGAGGAGGAGGAAGAGGAGGAGGAGGAAGAAAGGGCAGGAGGGCCCAACAACCAAUGACUCCUCCCUUCUCACCUCAGUGUUGAAUUCCUCCAGGCUCUUUGGAGGGUUCUCUUUCUUUUGCAUCAACUCCCCCUCUCCUCCAUGACGUCUUUAAAGUUUGAAUCCCUGCGCAUGCAUUUUUUCUCCUCUGAGUUAAAAAUGUAAAUCAUCCAUCUUUGCCUUACUUGCAGCAUUUCAACUCCUCCCCUCCGCGUCAUAACUGCUUCGUCCCUUCUUCGAUGGAUGAACUCUCAUUUUCUUUGAAGG